UUUCAAACCAAACAACGCCUCGGCAAGAAACAGCUCAACUUAGUAAACCGUGACCAGAAUGGCCUUUCAGCAAAUACAACAAGAGACUCCCAUACUCAAAUAUCCAGAAGACUUUGGUCAUCAUCCAAACGUCUCCCUAGAAAAUGCAGCCAACAUGCUAUUCCGUGCCAUCCAAACCUCUCAAAACCAACCCUACACAUGGACUUUUAUCGAUAAGCCACAAGAGGGUCAAAUAUACCUCUUGUUCAUGCCAAAUCCUGCUCAACCUCUGAACGACGGUAUCCGAUGGCAAGACCAAGAAAAUCGAUACACUAUGCCUGUCCAACGUGGUACACGGGAACUCGAAGUCGCAGAAGUCAAAUACGGCUUCAUACCCAACUCCCAAGACACAGCAGCAUGGCGUAUGCGCCGACGCUACCGCCUUCACAAAGGCGGCCAUCCCCAACUAGUGCUAGUCCACUACUCCCGCGUACCACCCAUCCAGAUCGUCCCAUCUCUUUUGAACAAUCCCGUCAGGCACUACCCACUACGACAAAUCACCGACCCUCCUAUAUAUGUCAUGGGCGAUAGGGCAGGUCACAAAGUCUUCCCACACCCCGCAGGUCCGCAUCAAGGCGGUAUGCCCCAAGUUGGAAUGAACCCGCAGGCGAUGAUAACGCAGCAGAACAGUAACAUGGAGGCCCUGGAAAGGAGGAGGGAGCGUGAACGGACGAGAGAUGGGAGUGGGGGAGUAGGGGUGGGCCAGCGGCCUGGUCCUCCACGGCUAGAUGAUGACGAAUCCGCAGAUGAAUCUGAAAUGCUAUCGACACGGACGCUAGCAAUUGCGAGAUAUCGGAGAAACCACGAGUUAAUGGAAGAAGUCUUCAGGCGUGCAGCUUUCGACAGCAAAAAACCUUUGUCAUCAAAAAGAAUAUAUGAGGGGUUUGACAAAGCAGAACUAGAGGCUAAAAUAGCCAAAUUGCAAGACGAUGUAAGGGCACUUCAGGCCAAGGCUGCUGAGCGUCAGGCUCAGAAAGUAGCAGCGGACGACGUGAUAGUUACAGCUAGCGGUCAUGCCCCGAUGGAACUCACUACUUAGCCACUAUGCUCUUUAUCUGUGUGUUAUUGCUAGUCAUAUCGCACAUUUGUUCCACACAGACA